GGGGUGGUGGAGGAGCUUCGCUUGCCUCAGUCUCCUCAGGAAGUGAAGGCUGAAGUGGAGUGAAAUACAUUAAUAUAAAAAUAUUAAUUACACUCUUUUUGCCAUAGCAGCUUCCUACUCUUUGUUUCCAUCAUUUUCUUUUAGAUUUCUAGCAGUUGCAUUUUUUAUUUGUUAAUAUUUAUAUACCGUAAAUUCCAGUGUAUAUGCUGAGAAUUUGGCCCUAAAUUUUGGUCCUAAAAUUAGGGGAUUGGCUUGUACAGAGGAUGCCAACUUUGGAAAAACGAAUACUCAGAAGACAGAUCAUAUUUAUUGGCUGUUUUGGAGUCAAAUUGGUUCCACUGUCGAUGCAUGAAUUCUUUAUCCUAUCAUUCCUCCCCUAUUUUCUCUACAAUGCGAUACCUACUUAGUAAUUCUUUCCCAAUUUUGAUGAAGUCUUCAAAAUCAAGUUUGGUUUAUUGCCAUUCAAUCAUACAUGUAAACAACUACCGUAGAUUCCGGACUACAGAGCGCACCUGAUUAAAAGCCGCACGCUCUAAUUUUAGAAAGAAAAUCAAUUUUGUACUUGUAGAAGCCGCACCGGAUUUUAAGCUACAGGUGUCCCACGUUGUAAUAUGAGAUAUUUACACAGAAAGAUAUUACACGUGAGGAUUUUUUAACUUUUAAUUAAAUCCGUAUGGUAACAUAAACAAAUACAUAUUGCAAAUGCUUUUUUUUUCGAACAGUGCCUGUAACACAGCUACUUUUAAAUAUACAUACGUAUCGGUAACACACAAAUUACGUUGCGUAUACUUUUUUACUGAACAGUGCACGAACAACAUUCCAAUAUCUCCUAACGACUGGUAAAAAAAUAUAUAUACUGCAGCCUACCAGGAAAAGUUAUUGAUCGCCUUUAACUUAAAAGCUGCAUCAUAUGCUUUUCUUCGAGUGUUUUCCAUGUUGAUGAGGUCAGAGCCUGUUGUACCAGAGUUAUUUUGAACAAGAUAUUAGAAAAUGGAGACAGCCAAAAGUUUGAGGCGUUUAUUUGUUGGCGGAUUACAUCACUUGGCUUCUGAAAGUGAAAUCAAAGAAAUAUUUAGCUCAUUUGGAGAUGUUGCAGCAGUGGAUAUUGUACUCAGGAAAGACAACCAAGGAAAUCCCAUGAAGGCCUUUGGUUAUAUUAAUAUAAAUAUCUCAGAAGCUGACUUAAAACGAUGUAUUUCACAUCUGAAUAAAUCAAAAUGGAAAGGUGGAAAGCUGCAGAUUGAAUUAGCCAAAGAAUGUUUUUUGCAUAGACUUGCUGAAGAACGACAGAAUGCAGCUAAAAGUAAGCACAAACCACAUGUUGACAACAUAACAAAGGUGGUAGAGUCUCUAAAGAAAGUUGGUGUUGAGAAUUUUAAGAUGAAAUCUGCUGUUCCGGGAACAGAAGUACCUGAACAUAAGGACUGGAUUGUGAGUAAGUUUGGAAGAGUGUUGCCCAUUCUUCAUCUCCACCAAAACAAUAAGAAAAAAAUUAUAAAAAUUGAUCCCUCUAAAUAUUGUCACAACAUCAAAAAGCUUGAUCAUGUAUCAGAUUCAGAAAUCAAAACACCAGUAACCAAACUUACAUGGCAUCUUGAUGAGCAAGAUGAUGAGGAGACAAGUAAGAAAAGACAAGGUAUAUUUCCUAAUCAGUCACAGAAUGUAAAGAGGAGGAAGUUAUCCCCCAGCAAAUACAGUGCAGAAGGUUCUGUGGAUUCUGAUUGCAAUAUCCAAACAAAAAUAAUGCAUUUGAACUCAGUCAGAUAUUGUACCAGUAAAGGGUUUAGUGAGUACGAGCUAGAUAUGAGAGGAAAGAAAUUUUCUAAAUCUGCUUGUAUAGGCUUCAAGAAUCAAAACCUUGACAAGAAAGAAACUACUAUUGUCACUGAAAACAGUGCUAUAUCAACAGCUCACUUGGCAAGCCUUGAUUCUGAUCCUAAAGAACUGAAGUUGUUUACAGAAGAGAAAAGUAAAAGAUUAAGUCAAAAAGAUGUAAAAGAACAAGAUAUUCCUUUGGAAGUGGUUGGUGAGGAUUAUGUAUUAAAACAAAAAACCCACUGGGCGUUGUAUAACUCAAAGAGAAAUGUGUUAAAAGGUAUGAGCAAUGACGCAUCAAAUAGCAGUGGGAGUGAAUAUGAUUCUGCUGACACAGAUGAGAUUAUCUCCACGAAGAUGAUACCUUGUCAUAAUUUGCCACAGACAAAAGUGAAUAGUAAACCAGAUUUUGUGAACAGUGAGACUGAAGUUAACACUGAAAAAGAUUAUUGUGAAUCCAGAAGUAAUAGCAGUAAUGAGGACACAGCAGACGACGAUUCUGAAUCUAGUAUGGAUACUGAUUAUGAAGAAAUGACAAGUAAUUGUUACCAAAUAGACUUGUCACUAACAGACCUUGCACAGCUGGUAAAUAAAUCAUCUGAAUCUAAGGAAACAAGUAGUCAAUCAGAAAAAAGUGAAAUGGACUUUACUAAAAAUAAAUCAUUAAUCCCUUUUGCACAGAAUCUCUUGCCAAAUUCAGAAAACUCACUUUCACAAGGCAAACCUGUCUUUAACCAAAAAACUAUAACAGACAAUAUGUUUUCAGUGGUUCAGAACAACGACAGCAGUGACUCUGAAAUGGUACUGAAUCAACAGCUAAAUAACUUGCCUCAUUGUGAAGAUACUCAGUGCCUUACUGAGGUAAAGAAAAACAUCAAAAAGGAGAAAGGGAAUGGAUUGAGAACUGAGGAUUCUGAUAGUGACAUAAAAAGUAAUUUCAAACUGCCACCUUUCAAAGGUACAAAAUUUCUUCAAGUCAAUACUUUAACUACAGCCUCUCCUACCUAUAGUGUUAAACAUAGUAUGGUUGAAUGUGAAGAAAAAUCCAAGUCUAAUGUGCAUAAAAUAUCUAUCUCCACUUCAAUGAAUAAAGAUGAAAUUGAAGAAUCUAAGGAGGAUGUUAAAGAUGGGAAGCAAACAACGCUGCAUACAAAACAAAAUAGCUCUCAGAAACUUGAACUGUUGUCAUUGUCUGUCACCAAAACUGGCCAUGAGAACAAAAUAAUAGAAUCUAAAGCUGGAACAGCUGGAUGUGAAUUAAGUAUUUCUCCUGGCAAUAGGAAUGCUACUUGUCCUCAGAAUUUGGAUAAGCGCUUAUUGGACAAUCGGAAAAGAUUGGCUGCAAUACAGCAAAGGCAAAAAGAAGCAGAAGUGCAAAGGGUACUCAUCCAGGGGGCGCUGUCUGAUUUGGAAGGUCAGAAACUUGGAAAAGGAAAGCAUAUUAUCUUUGAUUUUGAAGAAGAAUAUGAAAGUGAGACAAUGUUUGAAGGUGAUGAACACAGUUGCAAAGCAGGAGAUGCAACCACAUCAGCAGAAAAUCAAGACAAAAAGCUUGUUGCUAAAGAUUUUAAAAGUAGAACCAUUGGAAAAUUAUUUGAUAGUGAGGAUGAGGAGGAUGAAGAUGACGAUGUCGAUCAUAGUGAAAGUUUCAAAAUCAAGCCUCAGUUUGAAGGAAAAACUGGUCAGAAGCUGUUGGCCUUACAAUCACGGUUUGGUACAGAUGAAAGAUUUCGCAUGGAUGAACGAUUCUUGGAAAGUGAAGAUGAAAACAUGGAAGACUCAGUCACAGUUGGAAAACAGAAUGCUGAGGAAGAAGAGCUUAUUGCAGAAAAAAGGAGAGCUUUGAAUAUCUUGAAGAGUAUCGUUCAGGAAGGCAUUGAAAAAACUGAAGUCAAUAAAGAACACAGAAAAUUAAAACAUUUCAGAGAUGUUUCUGCACUGCAAUAUGAUCCUACAAGAAAAGAUCAUAUUAUCUAUGAAAACAAGUUUGAGGAAACUAAGAAAAUAAGCAAAGCAGCAAAAAAGAAAAUGAAAGAAGAGGAACAGAAACUUCCAGAAGUAUCAAAAGAAAUCUAUUUUGAUGUGAAUAAGAACCUGAAAGGAAUGUUCAUUUCUAGCACCAAAGAAAAAGAAAAAGUUGCAUGGGAUAAGAAGGAUGAGAGUCAACUUGAAAACCAGUACUCUGAAUCUUCUGAAGUCCCAACCAUCCAGCACAUAUUUGAUAACCUUUUCAGUAAAAAUGCUGUUAAGGAAGAAUCUACAAAUUUUACAUUUUCAUUUUUUGAAGCAGCCACUCAUGAUUCCAGUCAAAAGCCAGAACAUUAUAAAACUGAGCCAGUAACAAUGUCAGCAUUUCCAUGGCAUGAAGAUCCUCGAUUUCAAGACAGCUCAUCUGAAGAUGAGGGGGAUAUCGAAGAUUGUGAAGCUAACACUGAAGAAAGUUUGGUACAAUUUCCUGAGAAGAAAGCAAAUUUCUUUUUCUUUUUCAAAGAUGACCAAAGGCUUAAAGAUGGCCCUAAACUGUUUUGCCGAAGUAGAGAUCUGACAGAUGAGAGAGAAGCCUGGGAAAAAGAACGAGCAUUACUAAUUGAGGAAUACCAAAAGAAGCACAAAACAGAAAAACGGAGAAAAAAAGACACGCAAUAGAUCAGUUCAUGGGAAUGAUGGUGCUGUUAAUCCAAACAGAAAACACACGAGAAAUAUUUGAAGCUUUACUGUGAUCUAUUAAAUAAGUAUUUUAUUCUGGUUUUAUUACCUGUAGUCAUAACUGGGACCACUGCUGACUUAGACUUGUAAGUUAGGUCAGCCUAAGGUUAGAAAUUAUAAGACUGGAGAAAAGCUGAAUAAACUAUUAGGGGAUUUUAAAGCUUUGAUUUUUGUAGAUUUUUUGUACAAAAAAUGUAUUUUAAACUGUAUAUCAAGUCAUGGACUUUGGUCUUUUGAAGAGUUAUUAAAUUUUUAGCAUGAGACAUUUGGGAAGACUACCUAUUAACUUCAAUUCAAAUGAUACAUAUGGAAGUGGGGGAUUAUUUUGGGAGCAUAGGGUGUUUUUUGCCCUUCAAAUAGUAUCAUUUUUUUUCCUCUAUACAGCUCCAGCUGAUAAUUGUGGUUUUACUGCAGAAAUCCUGCAUUACAAAGUGUAUGACAACACAUGGUGACCUUCUGAUACACUUAAUUCAUAGAAUAAGUGGUUCUCUUGCUAUGUAACUGCCAAAAUGUAACAAUUUGUGGUUAAUGCAAAUCACAAAGAAACAUUUGCUGAUAUCACACUUCUUCCAGCAAUAUUUAUCCCAGAAAAAUGGGAACCACACUUGUUGACUGUGUUCUUGCCUUCAGCAUCCACUUGAGAGUGCAGCUGGAAGCUAGGUUUAAAAUAUCCUAAGAGCACUAUUAUAUUUUCAUUAUUCUUGUACCAAAAAUUUCUCAAUUAAAAUUUGAAACAACCUGA